GGCACAGAACAUCUGUACGCAAACAUAUGCACGAAGUCUUAUACAUAAACAACAUUCUUCUGAUGUGAUGAUCAAAGCAACGGACCGGUUAUUGAACAAACAAGUUAUUUAUUGCUUUUUACAUCGCUUUGGAAUAAUAGAAAACUGUAUUCAGAUGAUAUUUGGUUUCGGUAGCUCAAGGAACGGGAAUUAAAAUAAAAACCACCUGUGGAUACAUGAACAAAGUUUCCACGAUGGAGAAGAAAACGGGUAAAAUGAUAAUGUUGCGCUCCAUCUUUGAUGGCGGUAGUGUUACCAACACUUUUUGUGGUCAUGUUCCUCGCGGUCAUCGGUUCGUCAGUGCUGUUUUACUACUUUGGACUCAGCAAUGCCGUCUGUCAUAAUGGCACUUCGUCAUCUACGCAAGUUCCUUCCACGGAAGCUGCCAUCUUAAUUGAAAACAACCGAACUGUUCCGUACCAUCAUGGCCGACUACCGCGGCACCUAAAACCAGUCCUUUACAAGAUCGAAGUGUUCCCAAAUAUUUACUUGAAAAAUCCAGACCAGUUCUCAUUCGUGGGAAAAAUGUGGUUGCAAUUUCAAUGUCUUGAGCAGGGAAACAACAUAACUUUAAACGUUGACCAGUUGAAAAUCGCCGAUAUCGAAGUUGGUCGCCUUAAUACAUCGCAAGGACUGAUACAAGUUUUAAACUUCGCCGUCGAUACGGAGUGGCAGUUCUUAACGAUUUUCAUUAACCAAGAUUUCCUGCCGGGGAAUAACUAUUAUGUGGAAAUCAACUACAACGGUCCUUUGAAGUCCGAUUAUACGGGACUGUACGUCAGCACGAUUCCCCACAGAACUAGAAACCAACACGUCGCCGCCACUCAAUUUUCCCCCACGGACGCGCGAAAGGCCUUUCCUUGUUUCGAUGAGCCGGACCGGAAAGCCAGAUUCGAGAUUACCAUAAUUCGACGAGCGGACAUGGUUUCUUUGUCAAACAUGCCCAAAGAUUCCGAGCGCCGGUUAAUGUCGGGUGCGUUCGUCGCCGACGCGUACCAGACGUCCCCCGUCAUGUCGACGUACCUGGUGGCUUUUGCAGUCGGAGAUCUGUCGUCUUUAUCGAUUGAGGCGACCUCAGUACUAAAUUUCACUUCCUGGGCAUCCAUCGAGAAUAUAGACAAAACGCGGGCAAUGGUGGAGUUUGGAGCCAAUGUGUUAAAGUUCUAUGAAGGUCAUUUUGAGAUUCCAUUUCCACUGCCGAAACAAGACAUGCUAGUCGUACCGGAAACAGCCGUAGGAGCGAUGGAAAACUGGGGUCUGAUCAUUUUUAAAGAGGAUCGUAUCUGUUAUGAUGACAGAUAUUACAGCGAGUUCGCAUGGAUGGACGCCAUGACAACAGUUGCCCACGAGCUUGCGCAUCAGUGGUUCGGUAACCUAGCAACGCCGAACUGGUGGGGUAAUCUGUUCUUAAAAGAGGCGUUUGCGACUUAUUUUGAAUUGGUCGCCAUGCAAAACGUCCUUGUGGCAGCGGUUAAUUCUAGCGACUAUUAUAAUUUCCCGGAUUAUUUUACGAUUAACACAAUGCAUCCGAUUUUUGAAACCGAUGGACUGAUGACGUCACAUCCGGUGCACAUGAGUUUGUCUGAUUCGACCGAAAUCAAGCAAGUGUUUGACAGCAUAUCGUACUUAAAAGGAGCAAGCUUAAUCCGUAUGAUGGAGUUUUUCCUUGGCCCAAGCCACUUUCUGAAUGGCUUAAAACUAUAUUUGCAGCGCUAUGAGUAUUCGAAUGCCGAUCACGAUGGAUUUUUUGCGUCAAUGGAAUCCGACCCGAAAGGUUCACCGAACGUUGGUGAGAUAAUGCGAACAUGGGUACUACAGCCGAACUACCCCGUUGUUCACGUCACCCAGAUACGACCGGGAUAUCUGCGCAUUACCCAGUCAAGAUUCUUGAACGACUUAACCAAAACCAAUACGACAAAUUCAACAAACGAAAAACUACGUUGGACGAUUCCAUUCACAUAUACAACCGACGUUGAAGCAAAUUUCACUGUAAGUAACUCAAAAAUAAUUUGGCUCGAAAGGGAAGAAACUUUUAUUAUAGACAAGGGGUUACCGGACUUGACGAGAGAUGGUCAUUGGCUUAUCGGUAACGUACAGCAAAAGGGUUACUACAGAGUUAACUAUGGUCCCGAUAUUUGGGGCCAUAUCGCUCAGUACCUAAUAUACGACCAUUCAAGAAUACACAAGUUGAAUAGAGCACAAAUAAUCAACGAUGCUUUCAGUUUAAGUAAAGCAAAGUUAAUGCCCUUGGAAACCGCUCUGUCUCUGUUUGAAUACUUACUAUUCGAAGAUGACUACGUGCCAUGGUCAGCCGCUAUCUCCGAACUUAAGACAAUAGCAAGACUUGUCCACGCGACUCCGCUUGAUUCCAAAUUUAAGAUCUUCGCAAAUAAUGUCAUCAAAUACGCGCUGGUAAACUCUGCAAAUUCCCAGGGAACCUUCUCAAAUAAACUGCUCUACGCUAAACUCUUCGCGAUCGGCUGUAAGUUCUUGAAUCCCUCAUGCGUGACCAACUCUCGGGCUUGGUAUGGCGCCUUCCGGGAAAGAGUCAUCCCGCUUCCGCUGAACAUCCGGCCCGCAAUCCUGUGUACGGUAAUGAAGCGUGCAAAUGUCUCCGAGUGGGAGUUCAUCGUGGGGCGGUAUAACGCCUCACUGAACACCGAUGAGAGGCAGGCGUACCUUUAUGGAAUGACAUGCGCAGAGGACCCAGCCGUGCAGGACAGGCUGAUUCGGUUGACACAAGAUUCCUCUACAAUGAAAGGGCCAGAAGCAGUACGAGCCUUGACGGAUCUAGCGGCAAACCCCACGGCGAUAGACAAGGUCUGGAACCACUUGACGACCAACUGGUGCCACUUCCUGGAGAGGUUCGCUGGUAGUCUCUUCCAACUCUCGCGGCUUGUUUCUGGCGUCACCGCGGAGUUCACCACUCACGAGCAAGUCGCGGAUCUUAAGAAUUUCCUGGCUCGAACAUCGAACCUUGGCACAGCGCGGCGGGCAUUCGAACAGGGUCUCGAGGCCGCCAGGGACAACGCACGAUGGGUCGAGGCGCAUUAUGAAACCUUGAACACGUGGCUGUACACGAUGCUUGCGAAGCACGAGCUUGUUUUCGCAUGAUCUUGUUGUGUGAUAAAAUCGAUUUGCAUUAUACAAUGGACAUAGAUAUGUGUUCUUGAGUAUACAUAACAUUACUCAUAGCGGUUAUAACAGGUCAGUCAGUGGCUUGUAUAUUUAAUAUUGUUGAAAAACUAUUAUGCGAUUAAAAACUUUUUUGUUACGAUGAAACCAAGUUAAUACAGAAAAAAAGGAAGUUACUUACAAAUACACGAACUACGUUACUAAGUAAAUGAUGUAGACAAGCAACACUUUGCAAAUACAUGUAUAUUAAAGGGAUCUUUUCACGCUUUGGUAAAUUGACAAAAUUGAAAAAAGUUGUUUCAGAUUCGUAAGUUUUCGUUUUAGUUAUGAUAUUUGUGAGGAAACGGUAAUACUGAACAUUAACCAUGCUCUAAUAUAGCCAUUAUAUGCAUCUUUUGACGAUUUUUAAACCUAAACAUUAUAAAGCGUUGCAACGCGAAACGAUUGAAUAAUUUGGAGAGUUCUGUUUUUGUCGUUAAAUUUAGUGACACGAGAGCUACGAGGAUUGCUUUUAUAUACAGUAUAAAAUACAACUAUUACAGUAUGAGAACGGAUGCCCGAGUGGUUUAGGCGAUAGACUUUUACUCCAGGGGUCAGUGGUUCGAGCCCAGUUGAGGGUUUGUGUUUUCUUUCUUUAAUUUUAUUCUUGUUUUUUACUAGAGCUUUUAAGAUCCAAAUGUUUACAUUUAUCAAUAUAAUGCAUUUAAUGACAAACUUCAAUAAAUGUCAAAAUCUGUGUAAAGGCCCUUUUAAAAGACCUUUAUACAAAGCAGCCAUACACUUGUUUUAUUAUUGCUGUCUAUAAAAGUGUAUUUGGAGAGUUCUGUUUUUGUCGUUAAAUUUUGUGAAACUACGAAGAUUGCUUAUAUAAGGUAUAAAAUACGUCAAGAAUGUGUACUCGGCGGAAUAGCUCUGUAGGCCAAAACGUUUUUACUUCAGGACUCUGGCAGGACUCCAGGGGUCACUGGUUCGAAACCUGCUCCGGGCAAUGUUCUUUUCCUUUUUUUUAAUUUUUGUCUUGAUUUUUUACUGGAGCUUUUACGAUCCAAUGUUUACAUUUAUCAAUAUAAAGCAUUUAAUGAAUAAGUUAAAAAAAUGCCAAAAUCUGUGAAAAGGCCCCUUUAAUGGUAACGAUAUAUAUUAAUAUGUUCAUACUUGAAACACUAUGUGUCGUACAUAUACAAUAAUAUAUACUUCAUUUUACUUUAUAAUGUUAACAAGUAAUUAUAGUAAAUAUCAAAUAAAUUUCUAAGUUUGAAA